AUGCUGGCCACGUUCGCGCUUUCAGCAGCAUUGCUGCAACUCGCCCUGGCCCAAGGCCCAUCGUCCUGCGGUCCAGCCCCAUCAGGGAACAUUCGUCCUUCCAUCGCUUCCGGCUACCACUAUCAGGUCGUAGCCACCGGUUUGUCACGGCCUCGUGGACUUCACUUCGACAACGACGGUCACUUAUUGGUUGUCGAAUCAAGGGCUGGCCGAGUGGUGGCCUUUAGCCUUGACGAGGACGAGAGUGGCUGCAUAACCGCCUCGAGUCCUAAGCCAGUCACAGACGACUCAGACCUCAACCAUGGCAUCGAGAUUUCGCCCGACGGUAACACCCUCUAUGCUUCAAGCUCGAACGAUGCUUAUGCUUGGGAUUAUGACUCGUCCGACCAGUCUGUCUCCAAUCAGCGCACUAUUGUCACCAAUAUGGAGGGAUCGGAUCACGUCACAAGAACCUUGUUGCUUUCGAGAGUUACACCGGACUGGUUGGUCAUUUCUUUCGGAAGUAAAGGCAAUCUCGACUUCGAAGCUGCCGAUAUCGAAUCCGGUAGCGCCACCGUCAAGGCUUUCAACUUGGCCAACCGUAGCGGCGUGUACGACUAUCCCACUGAAGGCACUCUCUUGGGCUGGGGACUGAGAAAUGAGGUCGGUCUUGUGGAGCAUCCGAGUUCGGGUGGCAUUUGGGGAAUCGAAAACUCUGCCGACCAGCUUGAACGAUAUGGUGUUGAUGUCCAUGAGAACAAUCCUGGCGAAGAGCUGAAUUUUCUGGGCUAUCUGAAUGGAACAGACACUCCGGAGCAGGGCUCAAACUUUGGGUAUCCGUGGUGCUACUCUGCGUGGUCAGUGGAUGAGCUUCCCGAGCACCAGAGCUUGGAAGUUGGCACUCAGUUCGCUAUCGACGUAACCUCGGAUCUCAACGGCGAGAACAGAACGGAUGAGUACUGCGCUAACCAGACUCGGAGCAGACUCGUAUUUGAGGAUCAUAUGGCUCCGUUGGACAUCAAAUUCAACGACUCUGGUCGCAAUGCGUGGGUGACUUUUCAUGGAAGCUGGAAUAGCCCUGAUCCAGUUGGAUACAAGCUGUCCUUGGUUGAGUUCUCGGAGGAUGGUGAGCCGGUAGACGAAGCCACCAGCAGAACAGCUGCCACCGAUAUCUUCGCCAACGAGGAUGUCUCAAGAUGUGCUGCUGAUUGCUUCCGGCCAGUGGCGAUGGCCAUUGACCAGCAAGGCCGCAUUUUCAUGUCCUCCGACUCAACUGGGGAGAUAUACAUGAUCGCCAGAGAUGAAGGUGCAAGCAGCACGGGUGCUUCGCCUACUUCAUCUUCGACUUCAACUUCAAGCGAUAAUGCCGCGCCCUAUCUUACUUAUUAUACAAUGGCUCCUUACCUCGCACCAGCCCUUGCUAUGCUGGUAUGA